AGUUCAUAUUUAAUGUGAUUUGCCGUGAUACCUCGCGCCCCCCAGUACAGUGCGGACAGCACGGUGUUUGGUAUUAGAUACGCAUUCGCAGACAAGGAAUAACCAUUGGGAGCCGUCACCUGAUCUGUUGUCCAUCAGUCAGUCUGGCUAAAUGCAGCGAGCGUGUUCAAGUCUCCGCCUUCACCUGGAAACCGGGGAGGUAUCCGUUUACGUGUCGCCUCACCUGGUCUAUUCAACGGCGUUCUUGCUUGUGACGAAUGAUACCAGUUGACUGUUUGGACUACCGGAAAUAUCUGCUUGCUUUUCACUAGCAUUCACCGUGCGUGAAUUAGACCGUGUUCCCCUCCGGCAAGUAAGUUGCGAUUUGUUUUCUUUUGGUUGGCCUCAGUUGGUCAAAAGAAAAAAGAGAGAGAGAAAGAGAGUGUGGGAGCAAAUGCAAGGAAAAACGGCGGUGAUUCGGCGUUUUAACAGCCAAUAAAAAGGCCUGUUUUAUUUUGUACUAUUGCACUUUAUAUUGUAUCCUGCACAAGAUGCCUGUCCAAAUCCCGGACGACACGGAUUUCACUUCUUUCAAAGAACAAUGCGAAAACCACGAGGGAUGGCUGGCCCGCUACAACAAGGGAGGCGUGACCGUGUGGUGCAGAGCGGAGGAGUGCAACACGGUGCAGAAACUCAAGAUGCGGAUCACGUGUAAGGACGUGCGGGCGGAUACGGUGUAUGACGUCCUCCAUGACACCAGCUACCGCAAGAAGUGGGACACCAACAUGAUUGACACCUACGAUAUCGGACGGCUCACCGUCAAUGCAGACGUUGGCUACUACUCCUGGAAGUGUCCGAGUCCACUGAAGAACCGAGACUUUGUAACCAUGAGAUCCUGGUUACCACUCGGCAACGACUACCUCAUAAUCAACUACUCUGUCAAACACCCCCAACACCCUCCCAAGAAGGACUACGUCAGAGCAGUCUCGCUGCUCACUGGCUACCUGAUCCAGUCCAACGGGCCAAGCAGCUGCACUCUCUACUACCUGACCCAGGUAGACCCCAAAGGAUCCCUGCCCAAGUGGGUGGUCAACAGGGCGUCCCAGUUUGUCGCUCCGAAGGCCAUGAAGAAGAUCUACAAGGCGUCCCUGAAGUACCCCGAGUGGAAGCGGAAGCACAACCCCGGCCUGAAGCCCUGGAUGUAUCCCGAGCAGAACACCCUGCCCUGCGUCAGCGUGGCCGACCUGACGCUGCAGCGCGCAGACUCCCUGGAGAACAUCGACGAGAGCAGCCUCAAUGAGGAGAAGGCUCACCACAGCGAGGAGGAGGACUGAGAGGAGGAGGAGGAGGCUCACCACAGCGAGGAAGAGGACU